CAAUUAUCAAUAGGAUAUGCAUAUGCCUCAUUAAUUGCUCAUAUUCUAUGUUCUAAUCACCUUGCUCAAGAUCAUGGGAUCCACAACUCACACCAACUUUUUAGAUGCUUUGAUCAUGUUUUCCUUCAUUUUCUUUGGCUUCAGUUCUGCCAGGGAUACCAUUACAUCAUCUCAAUUCAUCACAGGCUCAGAGACAAUAACCUCAUCUGACAGUGUCUUCAAACUUGGAUUCUUCAGCCCUCAAAAUUCAACUAACCGCUAUGUUGGAAUCUGGUAUCUCUCUGAGUCUGAUAUCAGUGUUAUAUGGAUUGCCAACAGGAACCAACCACUCUUGGAUUCUUCAGGGACACUGAAAAUCUCUGGAGAUGGUAAUCUUGUACUCCUAGAUGGAAAAAACCAAUUAGUUUGGUCAUCAAAUGUGUCAACAAACAUAGCUAACAGCUCCACUGCUCAACUCUUGCGAUCCGGGAAUCUUGUGUUGCAAGAUAACAUCACUGGACAAACCAUUUGGGAGAGUUUCAAGCACCCUUGUGAUGCAGCAGUGCCAACUAUGAGAAUCAGUGCUAAUAGGAUCACAGGUGAGAAAACCAGGUUCAUAUCAAGGAAGAGUGCUUCUGAUCCUUCUACUGGGAGCUUCUCUGCUUCUCUUGAACGCUUGGAUGCUCCAGAAGUGUUCUUUUGGGUAAAUGGAACUCGACCGCUUUGGAGGACUGGUCCAUGGAAUGGUAGGAUCUUCAUUGGGACAACAAUGAUGUCAACAGGGUACCUAUAUGGAUGGAGUGUUGGAUAUGAAGGGAAUGAAACUGUUUAUCUUACUUACAGUUUUGCUGAUCAAUCUGCAUUUGGAAUCCUUUCACUAACUCCGAUUGGCAAGCUUCGAUUGUUGAGAUAUUAUAACAGAAAGCAAGUUCUUGAUAUAGAGUUGGAAAUUUCUGAUUGUGAUGUUUAUGGGGUAUGUGGGCCAUUUGGGAGUUGUAAUACACAGAAUUCACCAAUCUGUAGCUGUUUGAGUGGAUAUGAGCCUAGGAAUUUGGAGGAGUGGAAGAGGCAAAACUGGACCAGUGGUUGUGUGAGGAAGGAACCACUCAAGUGUGAGAGAAUGAGGACGAAUGGAAGUGAAGUAGUAGCAGGCCAAGUCCAAGAAGAUGAUGGUUUCUUGAAACUUGCAACUAUGAAGGUUCCAGAUUUCGCAGAGAGGUUGGAUGUUGAGGAAGAACAAUGUGGACCUCAGUGCUUGAAGAAUUGCUCCUGUUUAGCAUAUGCAUUUGAUACUGGCAUUGGCUGCUUGUAUUGGAUCACAGAUUUGAUUGACUUGCAACAAUUCUCAAGCGGAGGAGUUGAUCUUUUCAUCCGUCUCCCCCAUUCAGAACUAAAAAACGCAGUAAACAACCAUAAGAGUUCAAGAAAGAACACAUUGAUCAUUGCUGUAACAGUGGGAGCAGCCGGAGCCAUGAUCUUGGCGGCUUGCGCAUAUUUAGCCAUUUGUGCCAAGCACACCAGGAAAAGAAGAGUUAAGGAUUCAGAAAAUCAGAGUCAUAGAUUGAUUGGGGUUAAGAAGCAAGUUAAACUGGAUGAGCAUGAAUUGCCACUAUUUGAUUUUGAAGUGGUUGCAACUGCUACAAACAAUUUUCACUUGUCAAAUACACUUGGGAAAGGUGGCUUUGGUCCAGUCUACAAGGGGUUAUUGCCAGAUGGUCAAGAAAUUGCAGUGAAAAGAUUGUCCAGAGCAUCUGGACAAGGGGCUGAAGAGUUCAUGAAUGAGGUGGCUGUGAUUUCUAAGCUUCAACAUCGCAAUCUUGUGAGACUUCUUGGCUGCUGCAUUGAUGGAGAUGAAAAGAUGCUGGUCUAUGAGUUCAUGCCAAAUAAAAGUUUGGAUGCAUUUAUCUUUGAUUCUCUACAAAGAAAACUUUUAGAUUGGACAAAACGUUUCAACAUAAUUGAAGGAAUUGCUCGUGGCAUACUUUAUCUUCACAGAGAUUCUAGAUUAAGAAUCAUACACAGAGAUUUGAAGGCAAGCAAUAUCUUGCUUGAUGCGGAAAUGAAUCCUAAAAUAUCAGACUUUGGUUUGGCAAGAAUAUACAAAGGUGAAGACGAGGUUAAUACUAGAAGAGUUGUUGGUACAUAUGGAUACAUGGCUCCGGAAUAUGCAAUGGAAGGACUAUUUUCGGAGAAAUCAGAUGUUUACAGCUUCGGAGUUUUGUUACUAGAGAUUGUCAGUGGAAGAAGAAAUACAAGCUUUCGCAACCAUGAGAAAUCCCUCAGCCUUAUUGGAUUUGCAUGGAGGCUAUGGAAUGAAGAUGACAUUAGAUCCUUGAUAGAUUCAGAUAUAUCUGAUUUGGGUUCAGGUUCUGAGAAUCAUAUUCUGAGGUGCAUACACAUAGCAUUUCUAUGUGUUCAAGAAGUUGCAAAAGAAAGACCUCCUAUGACUAGUGUUGUGUCCAUGCUGAAUAGUGAUGAGACUUUCCAUCUUCCUCCUCCUAAGCAAGUUGCAUUUGUGCACAAGCAAUAUUCAUCAAGUUUGGAAUCUUCCUCUCAGGAAAAUCAGUGUAACUCAAAUAACAAUGUUACUCUUACUAUUGUUGUCUUAUGAAUUUGAUAUAAUAUUAGAUUCCAUGGAUCAAAAUCCUUUCAGAA